CUCCGACCAAAAUCUCCCAUUAGAUAUUUCAAUGGACAACUCAUUUGAGUCAAAUAAGCAUUGAACCUGCUCUGUAAUGUCUUCAUCGUUAUUUCAUCAUGAUCCUUCAGGCUCCCUUCAUGAAGGUGGUAGUAUUGGGUCCGCCAACAAUCGUGCAAACCGAGAACAGCGCCAACAUGAGUUGUGGUCAUAUUUGAUGUCUGUCGACGGAUCAGACCAGGCGAUCGAUGAACAGGAUCUGUUGUUCAUUCAGCUCGCCGUUGACACUGUAUUCGCAAGUUAUGCUGCAGCGAAGAACCGCGUUUGCCAGUACACCCAACUGUUGCGACUUCCGACGCGGGAGGAAGCUCUAUGGGCAGAGAGAGUUGAGAAGGCAAAAUGUGUAAUGCCGGAAUACCAGUCUAGAUUCUCGUUCGACUUACAGCAGCCUUGAACCCUUCUACUACCCUUUCCAUCUGCCAUUGCUUCCUCCGAGUCAGGGCUUGGUUACAUGUUACCUUGCUGUUUCGCAAUGACAUUCUCACACAAUUCUCUUUGCUGGUGGCCUUGUUUUUUUUAUAACACUACUUCCAGUGUGUCGCUAUUGAUCUACAGCGCAUUGGUGAAUCAAUGACUCCUCGAGGCCUUACCCGCCUUCGU